AUGGAGAGCGAUGCUGAGUUUCAAACAUGUUGUCUGAAAUUGAAUGAUGAGUUUGGAUUUGGAACAGGAAAUAUCAGAGUUCAAGAUAUUGGCUCUACACAACCGAGUCAAGUUGUAUCUAGUUAUCCUGCCCCUGUUGAAUUUACAUAUCCUGCCCCUGUUGAAUUUACAUAUCCUGCAAUAUCUACAGCUUUGCCUACAAAUAUCUAUCAUCCCUUCAUUGCUCCUCAGGUUCAAACACCAAACCUCCCACUUCAGGAGCUUACUGAUUUGAAGAAGCUUACAAACAGCGAGUUAAGAGCAAUGAUAAGAGAAUCUUUACAAAAUCCUUAUUUUCUUGAUCUUGUGACUCGAUUAGAUAAGAUUAUUGAGGAUUAG